GAAUACUAGACGAUCGAUCGACGGACCAACUAUUUCUUCAUAAUAUGCAAAAGAUACAAUGAAAAGUUAACCUGUGGACAAUAGCAAAGGAAAGAGUUAAACAUACCCUGAUCCACCAUGUAUAACGGUAUUGGCCUGGACACGGCCCGAGGCAGCGGCACCAAUGGUUAUGUUCAGCGCAAUCUGUCUUUUGUUCGCAAACACAAGGACCGAGUAGAUUAUAAGUCUGAGGAAGAACUGAAAAAACUUGACCAGGCCCUCCAGAAACCUCCAAAUAAGGAAAUUCUUGAUCAUGAGAGAAAGCGCAAGGUGGAACUCAAGUGUAUGGAAAUGCAAGAAUUAAUGGAGGAACAAGGGUACCCAGCUGAGGAGAUUGAGAGUAAGGUGUCCAUGUUUAGGACCAUGCUGAUCAAUAAAGAAGGGGUGACAGAAUCAGCAGUAGAAAAGGACGAAUUUGGACGACCAAUAGCAAAGGAAAGUCAUCAGAUUGCAGAGGCUACACAACAGAAAAAUGCUCGGCUCAAAGAGGCAUUUGGCAUCAGUGAGCAUUAUGUGGAUGGGUCCUCAUUUGAUCCUGAUCGCAAGGCUAAGGAAGACGCAGCCAAGGCAUUGGCCAUGGCCCAAAAAAAGUACAGUAUAGUACGGGAUUCCAGUUCAUCAGAACGAUCACUCUCUCCACCUCCGAAGCGGAAAAAGAAAUCAAAAUCAAGGGAAGACAGUAGUUCCCCAGAGAGAAGACAGAGGAAAAAGAAGAGUAAAAAACAUAAAAGAGAUCGUUCUCAGUAUAAAAAGCAGAGAAGUUCACAUAAACAUAAGAACAAAAAGAGCAGUGAAUCGUCACAUUCUCAGAAAAGAUCCAAGAAACGGCGCCGGCGACGCUCCCCUAGUUCUAGUUCUGACAGCCGAUCUGCCAGCCCAUCAGACAGUGACAGUUCGGCAUUUGAUGUUGAAAAAGUAAAACAAACAGAAAAGAGUAAGAAGAGUUCAAUCAGCCCAAGUCACCUGCCAGAAACUUUAAUAGCCAAAAAAGUCACGAGGUCAAGGUCAAAGUCUCCUAAGGUUACAAGGAGGUCACCAUCAUCUUCAUCAGAUAGCUCCCGCAGUCCAAACCUAAGGAAGAAAACACUGAAAACUAAUGGCCAUAACACAGCUUCACAACACAAACGAAGUCCCAGCUCAUCUUCCUCUAGGUCACCAGAUCCAUCCCACAAGCGCCUUAGUCGGUCUCUUAGUUACUCCCCUGCUGAAGGUCAGAAGACAAGGGAGUCAGCUGCCUCUCCUAAACUAACUUACAAAUCUCCCUCCCCAGUCCCUCGACACUCACGGCCCUCAAGGUCAAGGUCACGCAGUCGCCGACACAAGUCCUCUUCAUGGUCAAGGUCACGCUCCAGGACCAAGUCAAGUUCAAGAUCAAGAUCAAGGACACAUUCAAGAAACAGAAAAAGGAGAAGUCGCAGUUACAGUAAGUCGAGGUCAAGGUCUCGAAGUCGCAGCCGUCGCCGUAGUUACAGCAGAAGUGCAUCAAGAAGUAGGUCACGGCACCGGAUGUCUCGGAGCCCCUCAAUACGACGUCGGAAGGGCUCGCCUAGUCACCUAGAGAAGCGACGUAUUACCAGUGCCAGAAAACGCCCAGUACCGUACUAUCGGCCAGCCCCACCCUCCCCGAGCUCAGUCAGUAGUUACGACUCGUACUAUCGGUACAGCCGCUCACGCAGUCGGUCUAGACCCAGGUAUCGCACACGCAGCAGGAGCUUCUCUCGGACACGACGACACAAGAGCUAACAUAUGACUUUCCUUGAUUCAACAUAUUGUCAAUAUAACAAUAAAACGGUGAAAUAUUUUGCACAUAAGAACAUUUACAUGUAAAUAAAUGAUAGGAAUGUUUUAGAAUCAUAGCAGGGUGCUUCCACGUACCUGUUAUUAAUGGGAAUAUUGAUGGGAAAUUGUGAUUUGGAAUCAUUGUAGGAGACUUUCAUGUACCUGUAACUAAUUUGAAUAUUGAUGGGAAAUUGUGAUGCGGAAUCAUUGUAGGAGACUUUCAUGUACCUGUAACUAAUUUGAAUAUUGAUGGGAAAUUGUGAUGCGGAAUCAUUGUAGGAGACUUUCAUGUACCUGUAACUAAUUUGAAUAUUGAUGGGAAAUUGUGAUGCGGAAUCAUUGUAGGAGACUUUCAUGUACCUGUAACUAAUUUGAAUAUUGAUGGGAAAUUGUGAUGUGGAAUCAUUGUAGGAAAAUUUCACAUACCUGUUAUUAAUGGGAAUAUUGAUGGGAUGUUAUGAUGUGGAAUCAUUGUAGGAAAAUUUCAUGUACCUGUUAUUAAUGGGAAUAUUGAUGGACAAUUAUGAUGUGGAAUCAUUGUAAGAGACUUUCACGUAGCUGUAACUACCGGUAAUGGGAAUAUUGAUGGGAUGUUAUAAAAGUUGAGUAUAAUGAUAUACAUGCUAUUAAUUUAGUGUGGUUGUAUAUUUAUGUUAUCAAUUAAUGGAAUCUUUUAUGUGGUUGUAGAACAAUGUUGUAUGAUAGUACUUUUUCUAAAACAGAUGUACUAGUCAGAAUGAGAAAUGUUUCAUAUAACCUACAUGGGAAAUGUUUUGUAUAAUCCGAAUCAGAAAUGUUUCAUAUCGAAAAUGUUUCAAAUAACCUUUAAUGAAAAAUGUUUUAUAUAAUGUAAAUCAGAAAUGUUUCAUAAUAACCAUAAUGUUUUAUAUGAUCUAAAUGAGAAAUGUUUUAUAUCAUCCUGAUAAGCAGGACGUUAGUCCCCUGGUAUCUCAAAAGGAACAUAGAAUUAUAUUCAGAUAUUGCUUAUGUCUUUAAUAGUAUUUAGCGUAAGCAGCGCAUUAAGAAAAAAAAUUCAAUGAUAGUCAUGUUUGUAAUGACAGAAUCAUCAAGACUGUUAAAAAUAUAACUGGUAAAGAUAUACAAUAAUGUAUAGAUAAAAAAUUGUCAAGUUGUCGUGAUGUUUGAUCGAAUCAAUGACGUAUUAUUUAUUUUAAUAUAUCUAUUUAUUUGAUGUGCAAUAUUUGAAUUUGUUAAUUUAUCUAACUUAUUUAUUUAUUCAUUUGUAUGUUACAUGUCAUGUAGCCAUAUUGGCAUUUGAUAUUAUUUUAAACGUUAGUAGUAAACAAUAUUGAUUGUGUAUACAGCAUAUUACCCAGAAUUCUAUACAUAUGACUAAGGAAACAAUAUGCCAAAUCAAUUGUUUUAAAUGUCGAAAAUUUUACCUUUCUACUAUGUCACUGAUGUUUUAUUUUCUGUGACAAGACUCAAAUAUGUAAAGAAUAAAUAUGGUUGUUUUAGUCGGCUAUUAAAUGCACCUAGGGUGGUUUUUUUCAUAACAAUUCCUGAAGAUCAGUUUUAGAUGGCUUUUUAUACACCAGUUUUAAUGUGUGUUAUCAUGGUAUUCCUUUGUCCGUCCAUCUGUCUGUUUGUCCUUGAGCAAUUGCUUUACAUCACCCUAUCAGUCUUAUUUUGAUGAUGUGGGCAUUUAAAUUUUUGAUGCAACCAAAACUGAAACAUUUAUAUGAAGGUUCGAAUGAAACACUGAAUUAUUUGCUAGAGUAAAACAGAAAGUGACUGACCCUGACUGAAGGUCAAGGCCAAAUGUUGUUUAGAUAAUCUGGAGUAGACUUAAGUAAGCAUCUGACCACAGAUUGAAGUCAAAGAUUCAAUUAAACAGAGAUCAAAUUUUGUUUCUCUUAACUGGCUGAUUUUUAUUGAUAUAAAAUUUAGUUUAUUAAGUUCAAGGUCAUCAGAUCAAAAGUCAAGGUCAUCUAGGAAUUUCCUUAUUCUGAAUGUCACUGCACCUGAAAUGUUGCAAUGCUUGAAAUGAGUAUCGGGUAUGUGUAUGCUUCAUAUAUCUCAGCCUGAGGAAGGAUUGGUCACCUCCUCAUCUGUCGAUAAACACUAAAUACUAAAGGUACAAUUUGUCUCUUGUUUUAUUUCCUUUUUGCAAUUCAAGAAAAAUCUUGUUUUCUUUUCAUCAGUUAAAAAAAGUUAAGUGGCUUGACAAUAGAAUUCUCAAUACUGGUUAUCUCCAGCAUACACUAUAUGUGUAACAAACUUGUGUUUUAUAUUAAAAAAAAUGGCAUAAUUAUAUACAUGUUUUAGUAAGAGAGAGAGGGAACUUUCAUUUCCUUAAGAUUGAAUUUUUUCAUAUACUCAGAAUACACAUUCCAUCUUUAACAAUUCCAGACCUAUUUUUGUGAUUGCAUUCUAAUUUCUGUGUAAUUAUGUCAAGUAUAUACAUUCCUCAGUUUUCUGAUAAUCAUAUAUUAACCAUCCCGUUGGGAAAAUUGUUUUAUUUAAGUUGACAACCAUUCCUCAUUUUAAUACGAUAUUAUUCAAUUAUCUAUGUUAUACCAGUGGUAUAGAAUGGUGUUAAAUGGUGUAUUAUGUUAGUGUUUGUCUUUUGUUUGUGACUGUAACAGUCCAUUAUCUACAUCUAUAGUCCUGUGUUGACUUCUGUAUCGACCUGAAGUAGUAGGUAGCAGUGAAUAUCUGAUAACAGACAUUUGUCUGGCCCCUGUGUUACACUUCCUUCUGGUUUGUGUGUUUACACUGAUAACAGACAUUUGGCUGGCCCCUGUGUUACACUACCUUCUGGUCUGUGUGUUUACACUGAUAACAGACAUUUGUCAGGUCCCUGUGUUACACUACCUUCUGGUCUGUGUGUUUACACUGAUAACAGACAUUUGUCUGGCCCCUGUGUUACACUACCUUCUGGUUUGUGUGUUUACACUGAUAACAGAUAUUUGUCAGGUCCCUGUGUUACACUACCUUCUGGCUUGGUGAACUAGCUGAUAACAGACAUUUGUCAGGUCCCUGUGUUACACUACUUUCUGGUUUGUGUGUUUACACUGAUAACAGACAUUUGUCUGGCUCCUGUGUUACACUACUUUCUGGUUUGUGUGUUUACACUGAUAACAGACAUUUGUCUGGCCCCUGUGUUACACUACCUUCUGGUUUGGUGAACUAACUGAUAACAGACAUUUGUCUUGCCCCUGUGUUACACUACCUUCUGGUUUGUGUGUUUACACUGAUAACAGACAUUUGUCUGGUCCCUGUGUUACACUACUUUCUGGUUUGUACUUGGUUAACUAAAAUUUAAAUUAAAUACAAAGGUUCUGGCCUUCACCUUCCAUCCUCUUACUGACAAUGGACUCAUCUACGGAUUCUCUCAUUGUUAUUAACAGGGAUGACAGAUUGCUUCCUCACAAUUGUACUUAACAACCUUGUACAUUGGUUUCGUCCAUUACGUCAAGUUUAUUAAUAUGUAUAUUCCAUUUUUAGUGUGGAAGGAAAGAUUUGUAAAGUAAAUGUAUGUACAAUGUUUUGUUAACAAGUUUGUUCUAAAUUUCUCUGUCCAAAAACUAUUAUAAUGCCACGUUAUUGAUGUAUUGUGGAUGAAAAUCUUGUGCUUUACCUUAUAAGGAAGUGGUGUAUGUUACUUGUAUCACCUGAAGUUCAUCAUGUGAUGCUGUGAUGUCAUCACUGUACAAAACAUAAUUUAGAUAUGGCAAGAUUGAGAAUUUUGUACAUAAAGAUAUGAAGCAUUUCAGGCUGAUGUUUGACAUUAUAGGCCUCUGGAGUCCUUUGUCUUCAGUGUGCAGUUUGUUAAUAAAAUGAUGACCACAGAUG